CACCAAGUCCAAGCACUAAUUUGAGAGGCAGAAGCGCUUGCAGGCCCAGGAGUACAGUCAAUCCAAGGAGAGUAAUCAACAAGUCCUAUUUUGGAUCGCAGGCUCGUUAAAUGGCCUAUGCUCCGCGCAGCAUGACGCGGUCCAUGAGCAAACAAACAUUCAUGCUCCUUUUGGUUGCAUGCUGUCUAGUCACCAUCUACCUCUUCCGGAGCAAUGCGCAAGAAGCAAUGCACAGUCUGGGUGCAGCAAGUAAAUCACCCGAAGAGGCAGCGGCAUUGAAAGGCCUCUUGCAAGCGCAAAAGAGCGAAAUGCAACGUAUACGGCAGCUGCUAGACAAGCUCAAUCUCAAGAUUGAUGCGAAAGAAAGCGAUCAGUUGAGUAGUAGGGCUCGCAAGAGUAUCGAGCGGAAUAUCGAUUUUGGUCACUCGGUCGAGCAUGAAGGUUUCUGGGCAGAGGCGCCGCCCAAAGUCUGGGAUAAUAAGCGGCAGGAGUGGGAGGAUUACAUCAAUUAUACAAUGCCUGUUUGGUCUGCGCAUGCGAGUCAAUUCAAGGGGCGUGGUAUUGUGUUGGUAGGCGGCAAUUCAGAUACGCUUGAUCGGAUACGGACGACCUUGAGCAUGUUGCAGGAGUACGGCUGUGAAUUGCCCGUGGAGGUGCACUACUUGGACGGCGAGCUCAAGUCGGAGGAUCUGAAGAAUCUGACUGCGGCUGGCGUUACACCAAAGAACUUGAGUGACAAGAAGAACCUCUUUUCAGUCAAGAAGAAGGCCGGCAAGGGCGGCAAAAGUUUCCACAUCAAGACGGCGGCCAUCAUCAAUUCUGGCUUUCGGGAAGUGCUCUAUCUCGACAGCGACUCAAUGCCUGUACGUGAUCCAACGUACUUGUUCGAAUCGGCAGACUACAAGCGGACAGGGACCAUGUUCUUCCCAGACUUUUGGAAGACGCACUUCACCAAUCCCAUCUGGACCAUUGUCGAUUCUCCUAUUGUAGAUGAGUGGGAGAACGAGUCCGGCCAGAUUCUGCUCAAUAAGGAGAUGCGAUGGGAAGUCUUGUUGCUGGCCAACCACUUCAACCGUGAUGGAGACUUCUACUUCCAGCUGCUCAAUGGCGAUAAGGACACGCUGCGAUUUGCGUCCAAGGCCAUGCGGCAAGAGUACUUCAUGGUGCCGACCUUUCUGACGGCAGGCGGUCUCAUCUGGCAAGACCGCUUCUGCGGGCAUACGAUGGUCCAGCAUGAUCAUCUCGACCAAGUCAUGUUCAUUCAUGCCAACCUCAUCAAGGAAUUUACGCGCGAGGAGCUCUCGCCUGACCACGAGGAUGGCGUCUUUCGCAUAUACAAGCGGUACACUGCCACCAAGGGCAAUACCUGGCUCAAGCCAUACUUUUCUGGCAUUGGCGCUGUGCCAUGUAUGGAGCUUGCUGCUGGUCAGGGUGAGCCCGACAUUGACGAAGACAAGUUUGACAAGCUGGUACCUGGCUGGAAUGACUUUUACAAAAAGCACGGUGGCACGGGAGGCGGUCUCAAGUAAUUAUUUAAUUCUUCACAAGCUUGGACUGUAUAGAUAGAUACUCAUUCUUGUUGACAUACAC